CCACCUGCCCAGCCUUGUGGGAUUUCCGACAAAACCAAAAGAAUAAAGACUGAGGAGUAAGGUAAUAUAAAUGUUCCAGUGCCAUAUUCUGUCUUUUUAAAUAUUUUGAGGGUCGGGCAUUAUGGGUGUUGCAACUCCAUUGACAAUUCUCGCACAACAAACAUCUGCAUCCGUCACGGGACUUAAUGGUAGGGCAGAAGGCUUCCGUACCCUUACGAUAGCCCAGUCCUCUGAGACACUCGUAACGGUAAUUCCGCUGGGUAAUGACGAAGGAUGGACUCAGACGAGAGCGAACGUGGCGGUCCUCGAGACAAUGUCUCCCACACCAACUCCAGCACCUGCUAACUCUAGCGGCAACUCUGCUGCCACUGCUCUUAUAGUAAUGGGAGUUAUUCUUGCAAUAUCCCUUUCACUUCUCUUCGUCUACUUUUGUUGUUGUAGAAACCGCAAAAGUUCCCCUGGUGGGCGCAGGUCGCCGAAGAAGGACUACUACAAUCGUUAUGCGCAUUUCAAAGUCGUUCGUGGUCCACCAGGUCCACCAGGUCCACCAGGUCCACAGGGCAUUCCUGGACUUGAUGGUGCUCCAGCAAGUCUUUCCUAUCAUAUGGAUAUAUUUAAUUUGGCAAACUAACAUAUUUACAAUUUCCAAUAGGGGCUUCCCGGUGCCCAGGGUAUUCCGGGUGAGAUAGGUCCUCAGGUGAGCC